CUAUAUCCGACAUACACGGCGCUGGGCUUAGCCCGACCCGCAUCUUUUCCUAAGCUUGCACCAGGCGGCGCCACGAGUCAACACAGCUCUCUGGCCUAACCGACCAGCACUAGCGACGAGUCCGUAUGGCUUGUCACACAACACGCAAAGCAACUGUAUUGCCGGUGGCGAGCCAACAAACCGGCGUGUGCAAUCGUACAACGGCAUUCCUGUGUAUGGAGUGGAUGGUGUUGAGUCGCCGUCCAUGUUUGGAAAUAUCAGCCAUAUGAAUGUCCGUGCGCCUAAGCAUGAAGCGCCAAAACGUACGGACAUUAGUCCUUCUUAUCUCAACUUUCCUCUAUCUACUAGCUGGGGCAGCGGUAUUCGACGUACUGGAGUCUCAACAUGAAGAAGCAGAAAAACUGAAGUUGGAGAAUAUUACCCGAACAAUAAAGGAACACUACAAUAUCACAGACAGCGAUUUGGAUGACUUGCGGUUAACCAUGAUUAAAUAUGUUCCUCAUAGAGCUGGCGUGCAGUGGAAAUUUACCGGAUCUUUCUUCUUUUGCAUGACUGUUAUUACCACGAUAGGAUAUGGUCACUCAGCCCCGUUGACGGACGGAGGGAAAAUCUUCUGUAUUUUGUAUGCCUUAGUCGGAAUCCCGCUGAACCUCGUCAUGUUUCAAAGUGUUGGUGAGCGGCUCAACAUAUUCAUGGGAUUCUGUGUGAAAAACUUCAAACGAUGUGUAAGGUUUAAGAAAGCUGAGGUAUCACACACGGAACUUGUCAUGUUGGGAGGUCUGUGUACCAUGUUGAUCACAGGAGGUGGCGCUGUGGCAUUUGUUAAUUUUGAAAAUUGGAAUCUUUUAGAUUCUAUUUAUUACGUAGCCAUAACGUUAACAACUGUGGGCUUGGGAGAUUUUGUAGCCCUUCAGCAGGACAAUAUGCUACAAAAAAGGCCGGAGUAUGCGGCCUUUGCGAUUAUCUAUAUUCUUGCAGCCUUAGUUGUGGUCGCCUCUGUUAUGAACUUGUUGGUGCUGCGUCUUUUAACGCUUAAUACCGAGGACGAGAGGCGUGAGGCUCAAGCUCAAGAAAUGACCUCACGCAGUAGUGGGUUAGACCUUAAUCACAUAGAUGGUCAUCUACCUUAUCAUCAUUCACACGCUGGAGGUGCUUUACUUGGCAAGAAAAUGGACCCGAGAUCCAUUUGUGCCUCCUGUUGUAACAACUGUAAGCAUCCUCAUAGAACUCAUCAUGAUCCGUAUGGGAUUGGCCCCAACGCAAUACAUCUCCAACACAUGGGACCUACCAUUUAUCAUGCCACUUAUUCGGACGAUGAAACAUUUGAAAACUUCAUGACGUGCGAAAGAUCUUCAAAACGUAAAUCGAUCUAGCCUACCCGAACAAAGAUUUUCGACGGGAGUUUAAUUAUAAGAUGGUGAUACACAACCAAGGAACUACCUGCCAAGGAAUUACACAAGUAAAAAAAUAAGGCUACAUUUACCCGAUGAAUUUCCAACAGGAUUUUAAACAGGAGAGAGAGGACCAUGUGAAAAGAUUUGAUCGGCUGACUAGAAGAUCUGACAACAGUUGAAACACUGGUAGAAAUAUACCUUAUAACUAGAUGGUUGCAUAUUGAAUCGAGAUUCGGUUCAUACCACUGUUAAGGAGAAAGAUUGCUUUAAUAAAUAUAUGUCUUUAUAAACUUCUAUUAAACUGAGCUAAUUCGGUGAUCCCGAAUAAGGACUAUUUCCAAAGGUAGCACUCUUAAUAUCUUAAAUAAAUCAGGCCAUUUGUCGCUCCAAAAAUACGAUCACGCGAAAGUGAUAAAGGAAAUAUCUCGGAACGGUUUAAACUGCAGCAGUAUAGGGAAUUAAGAACUUGAGUUCACUUUGUUGAAUUCUGUGUCUCGUCGGUGACUAGUCUGUUUGAAUGAUGUUAAUUCUGAAGGGUGUACAUGUAUAUUUUUCUGAACGGGUAUGGUCUUAUAGUUGGGUAGGUACUCUUCAAAACCUUCCUACUUUGAGGCUAGUUUACCUUUUCCGCUUUAUUCUGGUUCUUGAUGGCAGCGUGAUAUUGAUGGAAAAAAGACGCUGUUUUGACUGUUGGUAAUUACACCAUUAUGUUAGAUCGCCAAGGAAACGUCUUACUAACGUCAAACCAAAGGAUGACUUUUGUACCCUAGAGAAAAAGGUGUUCAAAAAUGGUUCUUUGGUCACAGUCUGAUUAUAUAAUGGAUAUACACUAAAGAUGCAAAGUAGGAAACGACUGCCUACAUUUACACAACUCUAGGUGAAAGGCAGUGCCUUGAGACGUGUGCCCCUGAUGUACACUUGAACCAGCGCCAGCUCACACGAUAUGGCUGGCCCUUACUGAAUUACCUGGACAGACGAGUCUUGAGGAUUUGUUGAUCAUCCCGAGGGAGUAAACCAACCUCAAGACCUUUGGUCGAAUGCAUGAUAAGUCUCAUAGCAGAGCUCUUAAGCGGUCAAUCAGGCAAAUGCAUCAAAAUUCUCAGACCCACAGGAUCCAACUACAUUGAAUGGAACCGCUGCUUUUAUAUAAAUAAAACAAGUUUGUAAUAAUUGUAUAUUUAUAGAAACUGUUAUCUUUUUAAGGGACACUGCGAACAGGAAAUACAUGUAUAAGAUCGGGCCACACUUAUACCCGUAUAUAGCGGUAUAUAACGGUUGUUUUUACGCGCUACAAACACUCCCGCUUGCAAAACAAACAAACAUACCAUCUCAUCUUUAUAAUGAACAACAGUUAAAACAACAGUUAGCAUUAAACACUGAAAGCGUUUUUAAAAUGUGAACAUUUCAACUGUAUGACAAAUUAAGUAUUUGAUAUCAAACGUCUAUUCUUAUACCAUUAUGUAAAACAUACUACAUAAAGCUGUGGAGACACUCUCGUUCUGCCUUAAAUUACAUCAUGCUUUGCUCAAAAUGUGGAAAUCUUCAUUAGCAUAAAUCCAAAACAUUGCAAUUUCUCCUUUUACUGCUACAGCAGAGGUGAAAAGUAUUCGUAACAUGUAAAUAAAGCUGUGCUUUUGUACCAGUGAAUUCACUUGAUAACACCAGGUUAUCUUCAAUAAAUUGGGUUCUGUGGCGGCUUAAAUGACCCUUUGUCAGCUAACAACAAAAUUGUUCACGAUAGUCCACGUGCUACUGUUUGGUUAAAUGAGUGGCAAACUGAGCAGAUGACAGGUAGCUUCGAUUGAGUACACUGGUGUUGAAUUAAUAUACAACAAUAUAUGCAAAUCCAUUCACACACAAUCUUUAACCUCUGCCCCUGUUGCGUGUACCUAUACCCACAUGUAUGCUAGGAUUACUCUUGUGACGUGUUGCUGAUGCACCCACGCAUAGUGUGGGAAAAUGCAAAAUUCAUGAGCCGUUUCUGCAGCAAGUUUGACUGAAGUUGACCAAAUCUAACUUCUUCAACAGUGAUAAAAACUAGCAUAGGAAAACUGAAGCGUAAACCUAUCGCAAGGGGCCAGGGGCGACGCCCAAACGGUGACCUGCUCGUUAAAUAUGAGCUUGACAAUCUUCCAGUAAUAGCUGGGUAUACCGAAAUAGAUUUGAUUUGCACCCGCCUGUACUUUAUUCUGCAAAAUGAGGUCUCAAGAAGCAGAUCGUUAUUUUACAAUCCAUCUAGGCGGUCGUACAAUUUGCGUGGCUAGAGAUCGUGCCUGGUCGCCUUAUAAAAUUCACUGGGUUAUUCUGAAUGGAAUGCUAACCAGACAAGUGUCAAGCUAUUGAAGUACCACAGGGAUUGCAAAAGCAACAGACAUUGCUGGAGGAUAUCGUGCACGAUAUGAGGCCGAUUGGUACCUCCCCCCACAUGUCCAAUCUCUAUACACACUCUAGACUAUUGUUACCUAACACCCCCCCCAAGAAGCCUGUAAAGAAUUCCUGAGACUCCGAUCAAACAAUGACCAACACAAAGACGGGAGGUGGGGUGCUCUCCACCCCAUAUCUUGCAUCGUAUGUGCUGGAGAUGUUAGUAUUUCAGUCACGUACUUGUUUAGCACGUCCACAUUGCUCCUGAGAGUGUAAGAAAAUGGUGUACCGAUUUGUACAGCAUUCUUAAUUUAUUUGUAAAUACAUAAGUUAUGUCGCGCCGUGGAUAACAGUGUGGCAUUAGGUCUAAAUACUACUUUGAUAUUUACAUGUGAAUAAUUCAUACUGGUGGUUUGGAUAUCCUUAUUAGCACCCAACAUUAUAGCAUCAUUUAAUGGAGCCAAUACCAGGCAUCCAUUCUAUUAUUAAUUUAAGCUUUCCAAUUUGUUUCCUCUCAAGACCUGGUAUUAUUACCCGUUAUUGAUAUUGUAUCUGAUUUAAUACACAAAGAAUGAUUUUCCAGCGUUUUAAUAAUUUUGUACAUUUUUACUUCUAAAGUAAUUGCACAUAACCACCAAAAUGUAAGUAUUACAAACGCGUUUAGUAGAUUUGAGAUGUUUGUGGUUUUUUUAAUCAAGACAUUACUCAGCAUUGACAGAAUGUUAAUAUACAUGUUCAAUGUGCCGAUCCUAGGCUUCUACACGCAUCCAAUGGGCUAGAUCAGACCAAAACGACUUUUUGAUUUAGAAGCCAAAUACCUUUGAAAACCUUUGUUUAUUACACCAUUAUUUGUGCUGACGCACUCAUCCAAACCUUUUUAUAACAACGGAGGCAGCAGUUUGACGAUAGGCCAUGCUGUCAAAGUAAACAUUACCAAUAUACAUAUCAGUAAACACACGAAUUUUUCGAAUUAGUAUAUUAUUCAUUAUAUAUUAAACCAGGAAACGCUUGUUUAUGAAGCCUGUAAAUUGAUACUUCUGCAUUGAGAAAAAUUUAUUUGUGAUGCUGAGUCAUAUCUAGACAGGGAAUUACUAAUUUGAUAUUUGUAUUUGGUUAAUUGAUUAUUUCGUUUGUUAAGUACUCAUGUUACCGCAUUUUGCACAAGAUUUCAACCCGUUCUUUCUUGUAGUAGACCUAAAACGUCAUGAAUAAAGAGUUGCGUUAUUUGGUGGAGAUUAAAAUGACGGUUCAUAUUAUAUUCCUGAAUAUUCAGCGCAAACAUAGUCCUUUUUCUUAAAGUGGCUAUCAUUUGUUUUUUAUACAAAUUCAUAUUGUGUAAUACGUGAUUUUCAACAUUUUGGGAACUAAAAACGAAGCAUUGAAUUAAACUUCAUUUUUAACAAAGAUUUUUGGUGUGUCUGUCUUUUUAGGCGUAUUUUGAUCUAAUGGCAAAUGAAGUUCUUAUCCUAGUAA